ACCUGGAUCCCACAGCGGCGGGUGUACACACACACACACACGUAUAUAUAUACACACACAUACAUAACCCCGACACACACACGUACACGCGCGCGCUCCCCUGCGUGGACUGGCCUCGCGCGCGAGACUCGGUCCAGCGAGCGGGACUAAAUCGCGAUCAUGGGUGAAUCGUCACCGUCGGCCGUCACUCGUCGAUGAUAAGUAACGCGCGUGAUAAGGAGUAUCGCGGGCUGGGACGGCCGGCCAGCAACCCAGAGUGUGAACAAGUGAUUCUUCCGCGACUCGACCGAGUGGAGAUAUCGACGAGGCUUUCGGAGCUGUCGUUAAGGAGCGGAGGAGAGAGUACUCCUGCGCUCUCGCGGCGCGGACGCUCUCGGAGGCCAGUGUCAGAGGCAGAUCGGUAGUAAACAUCGGCGCGGACAAGUAGUGACAGACCGUGACGCUAAGGGCGAGCUUAACACGGAGUGUAGGACGUGGGCACACGCGACGGCGCGUCGCGCAGUAGUUGCGGACGUCGCGCGGCGGGCCGCAUUGCAAAGCGUCGCUCGGCGAGCCGGCGGGGGUCUCUCGGUCCUCUCGACGAGGGAUCAGCUGACACCUGGCGAUUGUCCACCUGGCGCGCGCUGGACCGACUGGCACUACGUGCGGCAUGUAGCCGCGACAACGGCGACAUGCGAGCGCGCUUGAUCCACGCACGUACGCGUAACCGUCGCGGCUCGCCACCGAGGAGGAUUCAAUUAAAUCUCCCGCGAGGAAGGUCAAGUACUCGGCGCAGCGACGGCGGGGGACCCGAGCUCUAAUUAAAACGCCCGCGGGAUUCCCAUUAUCGCGCGCGCGUGCCUCUCUCGCCUCGUAUUCGGGAUUAAUUAGCCGCGUCGGAAACGGCCGGCCGGGUCGCCGACGGAGGAGGACGUGAUUGCCGGAGAACGUGCGCUCGUAAUAACGCGCUCCGCUCGGGGGAGGGAGAGGGUUUUGCGCGCGAGCGGUGUCCUCCUCGGAGCUCUCUCCUCCUCCUCCUCGUUGUCGUCAUGGAUCAUCUGAUUGUUAUUCUCAUUCUUUGGUCGCGCUGGCUCGCGUAGCCGCGCUACGACUGACGGUUGGAUCCCACGACGGCACUUGCGGCCGUCACGAAUGCUUCCUCCCCGCGAGUGACAGUUCGUGCAGUUGCGUGAGGCGAUAAGCCGUCCCUCCGAAACGAAAGAGAGAGAGUUGAAAGAAGGAUCGUCUUACAGCCGACGUGCCGUCCGCCCGGUGACGAUGUCGAAGUAAGAGACGAUCCGCGACAGCUCGUUCUAACGCACGGGAGGCGCUGUAUUAUUAUGUGAGGAGAAGGCCGCGACGAGGGAAACGAAGAUGUCCGCCGUCAGCGUCGUCGCAUGGUUGCUCGGCGCCGUCGCUUUGGCAGCGAUUAAUAAUGAGGCGCACGGCUAUAGCAGCAGCAGCAAGGGCAGCGACACAUACCAGAACACUCUGGAGGAUGCCGCACGGUCGGGGCCGUAUUUCGACAAAUCGGCCUCGAAGAACGUGACCGCGCUGCUGGGCAAGACCACGUAUCUCAACUGCCGUGUGAAAAAUUUGGGGAACCGCACGAUGACUUUGCAAGUGUCGUGGGUCCGACACAGGGACGUCCAUUUGCUCACGAUUGGCCGUUACACGUACACGAACGACCAGCGAUUUCGCGUGAUCCAUCCCGCCCAGUCGGAGGACUGGACGCUGCAAAUAAAGUAUCCGCAGCACCGGGACAGCGGCAUUUACGAGUGCCAGGUCUCCACGACGCCCCACAUGAGUCACCUAGUCCAUUUAAGUGUAAUCGAACCCAUAACCGAGAUUCUGGGUGCGCCGGACUUGUACAUCAAUCGAGGUAGCACCAUCAAUCUCACGUGCGUCGUCCUGCAGAGUCCAGAGCCGCCCGCCUACGUUUACUGGAACCACAACGAUGCGAUAAUCAGCUACGAUUCGACCAGAGGCGGCAUCUCCGUAGUCACGGAGAAGGGUGAGACCACGACGAGCUUCCUCCUGGUGAAAGAAGCAAAGCCGUCCGACUCCGGACGGUACACAUGUAACCCCAGUAAUGCUCAACCGAAAUCGAUCACCGUACACGUACUCAACGGAGAGUAUCCCGCGGCAAUGCAGCACGGCGGUCAGGCCAAGCAACCAAGACUAUAUUCCCUUCUGCUCUGCCUGUGUCUGCUACUUUACUAAUUGUUCCAUUCCAUCGCGCAUUAUUUCGAGGAGAAGGAAGUCGGAAGACACUUUAGAGUGAGGAGAGUGGAGAGUCGAGAAGGAGGAAAGUGGGGGCGGGUGAAUGAACGAGGGUGAGAGGAAGAGAGAGAGUGAAAGAGAGUGAAAGAGGACGGGAGAAGGAGCGUGCGAGCGAGCGAGAGAGGGGGUACUUCCGCCAGGCGUUACGUGAACAUUGCCGAAGUGUCAUGAAAGCCACGACGAGGUAGGUACGGCGCGACGAUGCACGUCCGACGGCUCUUUUGACUGUGCACCGGAACGAUGACUCUUUCGCAGCGACGCGCCGUUUGUCGAUGCAACAGAGCGGAGGAACGGUGCAACGCAGGAAGAACGCGGCGAAAUACGUGAAUAACAUGCGAAUGACACGCGUGGGAGCGCGCGAGUGCGCGUGUCGCAGUUUACAAAGUUCCGAUAGGUAACAAGCGUAGCGAACGGCCGGUUUCAUUAACGACGACGAGUGCCGAGGUGCAAAACCCAUUCGGCGAAUUUCGCGAGAACGCAUCCAACGUCUCGACGCUUUCGCGUUUAUCAAUCGAUCAUCGUCGAUGAAACCGGGCGAAAGGCGACAAUUAGAAUGCGCGAAGGAGAAAGAACACUGGAGGUGGGAGCGGGUGUCACGGAAAUCGCGCGUCUUUGAGCGAUCGCAAUUACGCGAUCUUUGAAUUUUCAAUAGUUCUCCAUCCGGGGACUCUCUCUCUCUCUCUCUCUCUCUCUCUAUCUUUUUCUCUCUCUGUCUCUGUUUUUCCGUUUUCAUUCUCGCGUUUCGUGAAAACGGGCCUCCCCGAGAAAUCCCCUCGAAACGAAGUCCCCCCCCGAGGAAAUUAUCGACCAGUAACUUUCGCGACUCAUUUGCAUUUCGCGCCCUUUGAUUGUCAAUCGCUUAGAACUCGGCGACUCUCACGAAACAAUCGGCGCUUUUCUUCCCACUUUAACCGAACUGGAGUACCUCCGCCCGGAGAAAACGCGCGAGUCUUCCGGAACACCUUGCACACACACACACACACACACAUACAGAGAAACACGGAGAAAGCUGGGCGGGGGCGGGAGAAUUGAAAGGAAGGAAUAGUACGAGAGAAGUGAAAAGAGGCCGGCGAACACGAAGAGGAGAAUGCGGGGCAGCUGCCUCGCCUUCCUCCCGCGAUUAAUUCGAACAGACUCGAAGCGUCUGCCGACUCUCAACACACGGACCUUCACUUGGCAAAGUGCACGACGACGCUGUAUCGAGGAGAGGAGGAAUCGUUGCCACGCAACCGCGGCUUUGACCGAGUCCCGCUUCGAAUCCGGUGACCGUCGUCGGCCACCGGUCUUCAUCGUCGUCGCAGCGUCGCGACAAACGCUGUGUGCACCGAUUCUUUCCUGAUGACACCCGCCACGAGCCUUUGGUCGAUCCUUAAUUCUCGUGUUCCAAUAUUGACACACUUCCGGCUACCGGCUGGCGAGCGAGCGAGCGUAGGGAUCUCGAAUUCCCACGGCGGAGUCGGAAGGUAUUGUGCCGGUGAUUAACGCGUAAUCGGAGACCGCUGAUCCCGGCUCCCGUUAUUUUCCCUUCGCCCACGCACGCGGCGUGUAGCCAACGGCAAAAGUCGCCGGGUGUCUCGAUGUCUCUCCCGAACUUGGAUUACUUUUUUAAUCACCGGGCAGCUCCGCUGGCAUGAAGAAAGAAGCGGCGUCACAAUAUCGGCUGUACGACGCGAAACGGAAUUUGCAUAUAUGAUUGAAUUCAGUGGUGAUUACAAGUUUUCCAUAUUAUUGUCAAUUAUUGUCAAAGAGCGCGAAGGACAAAGCGAAGCUCGCCGGAGUAUGACAACAUUUGCAUUAAAUCCAAUCGCGGUAUCCGAAACGUUUCUGAAAUUCAAGGCGGAAGGGAAUUUUUUUACAUUACAAAGCGUUUACGCGGUGAAUGUAUAAAGGAUUUUUCUUUUUCUUUUUUUUUUUUUUUCAUAAGAAAUAUUCGUAUUAAUAGGGCCGCCGCACAAUCACGCCGCGGCGCUUUCAAGGGGAAACGCGCGGAUAAAAAUUCAGCCGUUCCGCGGGAUUUCGAAACUUUGACCGGCGACUGACGUCUUUGUCAUAAAGCAAAUUAAAUUUCGCGGACGCACUCGUGAAAGACUUGCUCUUCUUUCUUUACUCUCCCUUUCUCUCUCUCUCUGUCUCUCUCUCUCUCUCUCUCUCUCUCUCUCUCGGAAUUAACAGAAAUACGUUAUAAAGCAACGGACGCGCGCACGCCAGCGCGUGCGCCAGCAGAGCGAGCUUCGGGUGAAAAUAUUUUCUGCGGGAUUAAAAUGAAAUCCUCUUAAUUAAGUCAAAUAUACCAGAGACUCUUGGUUCCGUGCCCGCACGUUCGCGUUGUGUAUGCAGUUUCCCGGGCUCGUCGCCCGCGUCAGCAGAAAUCGCGGGGAGGAAGGGGGCAUAUCGCUCGAUAAAAAAUGAAAUUUAUUUUCCUACAUCGGCCGAGCGUUUCCGUAGAGGGCGGAUAAUGAAGAAGAAAAGUCGACCCGCGUGUGUCCGCGCAAUCCGUGUACAGCACGCGAGCAAGAGUGACGGUGUGAGUACAGCGACUGUGAGAGAGAGAAAGAGAGAGAGAAAGAAAGAGAGAGAGAGAGAGAGCGUGCGCAUCGUCCUAAUCGAUCAAGCCGGUGUGAAAGGCGCGGGACGCAUCCGGUUCAAUUAGCUCUCGCAAUUUGCUCUUUUCAGCAACUGCCCAUUCGUCUUUACGGACGGCACGGGGGAGCUUCGAGUAUAAUAUCGAAUUUCGCACGGCACUCGGCGCGACCUAUAACUCUUGCUCACACUGUUGCUGUCCCAUUCGUUUCUUACGCUGCACGUACUUCGCUUUUCAUCGAAACACGUGAGAAACGCCACCGGGGGGAGAGUUUUCCUUAUAUUAUUAUUUUCUUCCCAGUCUCUCUCUCUCUCUCUCUCCCCCUCUUCGCGCCCCUGUGAAUCGCGCCUUUUCUAAGUGUCGACGAAAAUGUUUCAAUAUUUUCCAUUCCCUUAAGUUUACACGUUGCACAAUAUGCGACUCAACAAUUACACUCCCCUCCUCCCCCCCCUCUUUCUCACCUUUCCCAUUGGUUUCGAGAGAGAGAGAGAAAGAGAACGAGACUAAUAAAACGUUCAAUUUUCAAAAUCGUGCCGAAAUCGAUCCGAGUUCGCAUCCGAAAUCACAUUGAAACGCAAUAAAAUCUCAAAGCUGAUUUUUAUUAGAAAAUGAUCCCGCGGGAAUUUAUGCGGCCCUUUGAUCCCGCCGAUCCCCCGACGGUUGAAAAUGAGGGGGAAGCGCGUCAUUUGAAUAUUUUUCGUCUUCCGAGCGUGAUCGAUCGGGACGCGCGCGCACGCGAAUAGCCAUUAUAGUCGUUUCAGGGACCGGUUUAAAACACAUUUAGGAACUCGUAAGCGACUUCUUGCCCGGGCAAGACGCAUAAUUCAGUGCGGCCGCGUUUCGCCCGCGCCACCGCCUCGUGUCGGCCGACGACGCCCGUAACGAUUAAUAAAACUUCGAGCUGUCGCGAACGCGGGAGCGAAAGGACGCUCGGAAAAUAUGAAUAAUGAAUGAAAGAGAGUUAGAGAGAGAGAGAGAGAGAGGUGCGGGGCUCCUACGAGUCUCGAGCAGUAUGCGCGCACGUUGGUAACUCGCGAGAGGGUGCGAGAAGCGAGGGCCGAGCAAUAUCCGGCAUCCGCAACGGAAGAACGUGAUUAAAAAAGUUUCCAACGACGAGUACUACAAUGGCCGGUCCACGCGUAAGAACGCUUCUUGCCGCUGCCGCGGCCGGAUAAUCAAGUCCCUGUCUUCGGCCCUUAUUUCCCGGGCAAAAAGAUAGCCACCCUUGGCCUCUGCCGGAGGUGGCCGUUUAGUGGCCCUUCCUCCGGCAUUGCCUUCCAUCCGCAGCCGGUCACCUCUAUUCUUUCCCUUCUCUUUCUUUCUGGGAAAUCGGGUGGUUCCGGAGUACGACGGGAAAAAAGCGCGGUCACGCGGCGACGACGACGACGAACUGGUCGGACCGCAACGACACUCGCCGCCUUCAUUUAUCAAGUUAAACGCGAGGUGCGCCGCAUAAUGUCGAGGUUCCCCGACCUCUGAGCGGACCCCGGUGGUUGGCUUUAUGCCCUUACACGCGCUCUCUCUCUCUCUCUGCGGUGCGCGCGUGCACGUGCGCCCUAAUCCGCCCCGACCUUGCAGCGCUCCGCGCAACAAACAGCGGGAUUAACGCGCGGUUGAACACAUCGGCGUAUCGGCGAGUCGAUUCGACGUUUCGCACGAUGGAAAACCGUGUUUCAUCGCGUUCGGGGCGGCACAUACGUAGCACAUAUCCGCCUCUCGAGAUGCGAAAUUGCCGGUGCGGCCGCGUGCGAGAUAAAGCCGCGUAUCAGCGGAUUUAAGGAGCUGUCAGGACGACACUCGUCGAUUCUCGUUCGCUCAAAGGCACGUAAUGAUUUGUGUGUGUGUGUAUAUAAUACGCGCGUAUGAUUACGAGGCGUCGUGAUAAUUCACCGGAUCGACCGGAGCUGUUCCUCAUUCCCGUUCUGCCCGCUGCGCGGAGCGUGGCGUAUUGUUCGAUACGUUUUCAGGCGGCGUUUUCAGGCGCUUCCCGCGGAGAGGUUGCGAGGAAAAGGGGAGGAAGAAAAGAAAAGAAAGGCUCGGAAGAGUGAACAGCAGGAUCGAAGGGAGGGACGCGAUACCCGGGGAGGUUCGAGUGCAUGCAACGCGUGCCUAUCGUCGUUUCUUGGUAUUUCCAUCCACUUUUAUUCUUUACUAUAAUAGCAUCCGACAUGAGAACGCCGUUCGUGACCAGCAAACGAGACUCCCCCCCCCCGCCCUCUCUAUGUGCGCGCGCUCGGUCGGACGUGCUCGUUUUUCCUCUCGUUUCGCUUUUCCGGACCGUCCGCGCGGCUCUCGCGUACGUGCAGCUGGCUUUAAUUAAAAAUGAGCGGCAUUUUUUCUCAUAUUACGUCAACGGACUGCGCCGGGGCAAACGUUAUUGUUUCAUUUCUGGCCGUUACCUUGCCGGCCGGGGCCGCCCUUACGAAUUGUUCGCGGUCGUAACCGGUAACCGGCGGGAUUUCGUUGAGCCGGACGCUGCGGAUCAGGGAGCGGAAUCGAGAAAACCGCGAGAGUACGCGAGUGCACGCGAGUGCACGUCGCCUUAAAUACCGUCUUUGGUGCGUGAAUUCUACACUGAUAAACCUAUUUACGCUGAAAAAUUCAUUCCGUUGACUCAACAUUUCCGACAAAUUUUCCUCACGCUUUAAUUAUCCAAUAAAAAAAAAAUAUAAAAGCUAUAUUACCUACAAUAAUUGGAAGACAUUGAAUCGACUAGUCCCUCCCUUGCAUUUAAAAUCUCGAGGAUCAGAUUGAGAUCAAACGGAUCUCCACUCCCCGGGAAGUGGCUCGCGUGUUGCGCCGCGUAAACCGUAAUAACAAACGCAUCGUCGAGCACGCAAACACACAGAAGCAUAAUCUACCGACUCGAUCUGCCACUCGAGCCGGUUUACAUCACCGUUUACGUUAGACGCUCAGGCCCGCAGUAGCGCAUCGUCCGGGGGCGACCAACUCCCCGAAGAGCACGUCGCUCAUUAAGGAGCAAAACUAAACGUCUCGGUAUAAUUCCUAGCUCCGAUUGCGAGAGCGAAGCGGAGAGGUCGUUACCGGCGCGAAUUAGUGUCCCGUUACAAAGCCGAGUCACACCGGCGUCGCACCGUCGGCGAAGCGUUUUCGUAAGCGGACAACAUUCGGACGAUACACCGGAAGAAAACGAGCAGUAACGGCAGGUCGGAUGGGCGGGCGAGUAAACGGAGGCACGAUCUUUGUCCGGAGAAAGAGAAGGGAAAGAUAAGGGAGCCUCGUCUCCUCCCUCAUAUCGCGAGUUUACUUCCGGAUCCCUUCAGGAAGUUCCCCUAUCGCGACGAAAGUAAUUCAACGGAAGCACCCUCGCGGGAGGAGGAAGGUCGAAGAGCUCGCGUACGCCUUUCGGGUUGGCCAAUGUGUGUAACAGGGAAAAGUAGGGUGAGAUGACGAUCUUAAGGUUUUCGUCGAUUUCUCCUCAUUUUUGCAGCAACGUGAAAAUAAUGAUCAAGCUUUCCCCGAGUUUCGCUGAAGCUUCGCUUGUCGUCUACAUGAUGUGAAGAAAUUUAUCAAAUAAUUCGAAUGUAAUUCAAGCUUGAUUUAAGUUUCAUGAGAACGUAUCAAUUUCGCUAUCUUGGCGCACGUUGUUAUACGCGUCUUUAGAUACGUUGUACAAGAAUUUUAUAAAGGAAAUGAAGACAUUUGAAUAUGAUCGUGUGAUUCUUUAUGACGAAAUAUCGCCGAAUCACGUGUAAGAGUGUAUCCAAAAUCCAAUAUUUUCUUAUUAUACUAUCCACUGUCAUUAGAAUCGAAGUCAAAGUCAGCGCAACAGAUUAUUUACUAUCACUAAAAGCUUCUAACGUGAGUUGACCGAUUCGUUACUUAUUGUUAGCUUCGAAAAAUCAGCAAAUCUUGCUCGCUCCGCCGUCUCACUCCUCCCUUUCCUCACGCACACGCACGUAGUCGCGCUUGCUUUUCUGCGAUCUGGAACGAAGUCUGGCACAUUUGCGGCCGUCGACCCCGUCGACGGUGUCCGCGAGGUAUCCCCCCAGGAACAUCCACGUCGCGACGUCACGUUGCCUUUAAAUCCGCUCGGACGCGCGCGAUACGCGGCUACAGAUUAAACGUUGCGCCUCUGUUCAUGCCGGCCGUCGCGUCCCUUCCGCGACGAUGGAACUCCGCUUACAAGUUUAUAGUUAUUUGUAAGAGUACCUUCGCACGGUUUUUACAACAGCGUACCUCGCGAAACAGGGCCGGCCGCCAAAGCGGAUCCGCGAGUCACCGAGACACUCAGACGAGCGCGAAUCAGACUGGCAGUUUCGACGCGAUUCGGCCGCUUCCCCCGGAUUUCCGCCGCGCUCUCGUGCGCGCGAGUCGGCGGGUGCGCUUUUAAUUCACAGCCUAAGAGUAGUCGAAUCAAAGAGCGGAUUGAAUCCGUAGGCAACGCGCCGGCAUUAGUAUUCAGCGGCAAGCGUCGCGCGCGCGCGUCGACCGCGCAGCGGAUUCCGCUUCGGAGCCUGCAUAAUACCGAGAGCGUGGGGCGUCGAACUCGUACAUGUCGGGACUACACGAGGGAAAGGGAGGAUGAGUAGGGGUGCGGAAAGAGAAAGAACGGGAACGCGGAGAGAUAGAGAGAGAGAGGGAAAAAACGAAUAAUCGCGUAACAGUUAACAUGGAGAGGCGCGAUACGCUCAGAGCGGGCGGUUGCCGUUUUUCAUUCGGAUAGCGGGAUACGCAAAUAAAAGAAGCGGUGCGUGCCGCGGUUUCGUUAUUCCACCCCGGUAUCAGCGCGGUGCCCGCUCGGAUGGAUAAGCCUUCACCAACCCUUCUCUCUCUCUCUCUUUCUCUUUCCCGACCAUACUCGCGAAGGAGAUUCGCCGUUACGAUUCGCGAGGUCAAUAUUCACGAGAGGUUUGAGCGAGAGAGAAAGAAGAAGGCGUAAUUACGCGUCGCCCGAAAUCGACUGGUCGUGCACGAACGGGGUGAGCGGAAAAGAGAGAGCGGCCGGACGACGCCGCGAAACGACACGUCGCCGGUGUGGACGAUCGUCGCAAAGCGGGAUCCACCGUACGCGUGUGUGUGUAUUAACUGCGCGUUAUUUAUUUAUUCCAGCCCCUCCCCGGCCGAUCAUUAUUUUCAUUUGCGUUUCCCCCGCGCAACGACACCGGCGAUGCUCGCAGAUUGGAACGUCGACCUCGAUCCGUCGAUAUAUAUAUAUAUAUAUAUGACCUAACGAGGCCGAACCGAAUGUAUCCUCUUUAUGUCCCGACGGGGUAUCGCUUGACGAAUAUCAAAAUAUGCCGUCGGUGAUGUCCAUCAGCGCACUCUUGUUUUCGGUCAUCAUCGCACAAUAGAAUCGAUUGACUGACCUGCUUUCGGCUGGCUGUGUUUUGUGAAUUUUCCGCGCGUCCAAUAACUACACCAGGGUCGGGCGAGUGUAUUUUCGACUCGGAAAUCUGUCCGGCCGAAUAACAGAGGGAACAAACGCGAAAACGGAAGAAUAGAGGAAAAAAAAAGAUCGGGACACGAGAGGAAGGGAAGGAGUGUGCGCGCGCGAGUGGCGAGCACUUUCGUUCGAUGGUUUCGCGCGAUUCGGUAUGCGGCGCAAUGCGCCCGUGGGAAAGGGGAUCCCUACGUGACGAUUUAGAAAGUCAAGUCGGCGUCGCAGCACACGCAUGCACCGAGUCGAGCAUGUUCGUACAUCGACGGCGACGACUCGUUAGCGGUUCCAAUUCCGUUCGGGAGCUUGCGGAAAAAUUAACGGCGCGGGUACGGCGGCUCCCCAUUUUCUCACCCUCUUCGCGUCCACCCGGUCUAAUCGUAUACGUCGUUAUCGCGUCGAAAAUGAGUGAGAGAGAGAGAGAGAGAGAGGGAGAGAACGCUUCGUUAUGAUCGCGUCGUUAAUAAAUCGCUCUUUAAUCACUGGACAUAAUGACGCGUCGGCGCAGCGAGGAUCUCUCUCUCUCUCGCACGUCCGAAACACUAAAUCGCGAAGUGCAUUAACGAGCCGCAGAAUCCUGUGUCCCGCGAAGAUCGUGUAUCCCUGCGAAAUAUCUGACGCGAUUUCGAUAUUCCGCGUAUAAAUCAAAAGGAGGGAAGCUCGACGAAUUUUCGUGUCCGCGCGCGGACAUCGCAAACUUAGCGAGCGCCGAUUCUAACCGGAUGGUUCAUAAUAACGGAAUUAAUGGCGAAUAAUCGAGCGGUUAUCGUUUAAUGAUAUUCAGUUUCGUACAAUAUUCGCAUAAUGAUGAUACACGGGGCGUGGAGAUCGAGCGAGCGCCCCCCCCCCCCCUCCGACCAGCCUAAUUUUGAUGAUUAAAUCGACAUGGCAAAGCGCCGGGCAUCGAUACGCGCAAUCUGCAUUUUAACGCGAGCCGACGUUACAUCGCGCGGGAUCGACGCGCGUUUUCGACGAAAUCAACGAACGAACGAACGCGGAAUCACCCCGUCGUUCCAUAACGCGCGAAAAGCUGACCUCCUCAUCCUCGAGCACUAAUCACUCUCCGGCUAACGUCAACGGGACUCUCGACUGACACAAGCGGGAUUACUUCUCUCGUAUGUAAAUAUUGUAUACUUGCGCAAGACCGUUUAGUUGUUUAGUUGGUCUCGACAAUACGACGAUCACGACGUCGCGUCUGCCCUUAUAAACUACGAUUCAUUUUGUACAAUAAAGCCUAUAAAUGUACGUGCGUACGCGCGCGCGCGCGCGCGCGCGCGUGUGUGUGUGUGUGUGUGUGUAAGACCUCGAGAGAGAGAGAAAGACCAAACACCUGCGACGUAGACGGCGAAUGGUGGAAGUAGUGGUGCGAAAGAAGCUUAGUGUGCGACAUUGGACGUCGUUGUGAGAGAAAACUAUGGACUACAAUCGUGAAGCACGACGAAGACGCGGGGCCCCGUCGCAGCCACGCGUCGUCAUGAGCGCUCGCGCGCGAAAACGCCGCCGAGUGAACGCUACCGACACACCCAUGCCCCAUGUGUCACCGAAUAAUACAACUUAUUGUCAUAGUAACGUUACCGCCUAGUUCAGUAUGUAUGUGUGUGCGUGCGUGUAUGCGUGCGGAACAUUGCUCUAAAGCCGGCGGGGACCGGCCACCGUACCAUACCGUAGUUCGUAUACCGCGCGCGAGUUCGCACGCGUGACUCUCGCGAGACGCGCGCGCGACACGCGUGUUCUCGUGUCCUCCGUGAAUCGAAACCAGCGCCGGGGAAACUCCUCCGGCGACACCGCGUCGACGCGAGUACGAAGAAAAAUUACACACACACACACACACACAUUUCCUCUCGAAAACUGUACUAUAAUUAUCGUUUACACCUUUCGUACGUACUUUACACUUUGACACGAUCCACGCCGGAUACGAUGCCCGAGGCGAUCUCGGCGAAGGUGAGAGCGAAUCAUUUCUCGCGAGACUGUCGAAGAAAGAGAGAGAGAGAGAGAGAGAGAGAAAGAGAGGGAGAUCGAAUCGAACAGGCGGCCGGGGGCGAGAGGGAGGCUCUCUGGAUUCGCCAGUGGAUGAUGAGGCUGUGCCUGCGCUAAUUAUGUUCGUAAAUCUCGCACGAAACUGCCGCACGACGUGACCGAAGAUGGCUGUUCGCCAGCCGGAGAUCGGAUAGUUUUAACGUAAUCUUAAAAUAUUCCAUGUUUCCGUGUGCGCGAAUGCGGCCGACUUGCUACGUACGUGUGUUCGUCUGUAUGUGUGUGUAAGCAGAACCGAGCGCGUGAUCACUUUUCCGAUAUUCGAUUUGCCGCACGCCCGCGAACACUCAUUAACCUUUUGCAAGCCGAGCGCGAGCGAGCGAAUGAGCGAGUGGGUGAGCGAACGAGCGAGCGUGCGAAUGAGUUGUUUUUUAAUGAUUUCCAACAAUGUUGUCGCGUGAUAAUUACAACGCUCGCUCCGUCCCCCCUUUUUUUCCCCACCAUCUAUCUACCUGUCCAUCCAUCCAUUCAUCCCUCUCCUUUCUCUCGACCCCCGCGUCCAUUCGCGGCGAUCACACGCGAACGAAGCGGCACGUCGCGGUACAUCGAACCGCAGACGUCCAAAAAUCCCCCGUGUGAUAUCGUGCGAACACACUCCCGCGAUACUCGAGGAUUCGCCUCGCGAGCGACCACUUCCGGCACGAUCGAUAACGCCUCGACGAGUCGAGUUUAAGAAGUUUCUGUUUUAGCGUUUACGUCUGCGUGAUUACGGAGCGUCCGCGAGCGAGGAGAGCGCCAGUCGGAUAUACCAGCUGAGUGUCGAGUGCGUGUAUUCCGAGCCGAUGAAAUAUAUCCUGAGUAUUUCGGAAGUAGACUGGAGAUAACACCAUCGGAUGGCCCCCCGAGACAUCGGAUUCAGCCGGCAUGGAACGGACGGAACGAUCGAGUUUGAUGUGUUCUUCAUCUCGGGAUUCUCGGAAUAUCACGCAUCGACACUCGGCUGACACGCGACCGUGGGACUCCUCACCACUCGAAUAUAAACGAAAAACUCCAUGUGGGUCGUCUUAUAGAUAGAAACGAACCAAUCUGUUGCGUAUCGGACGGAUUAUCAAUAAGAGGGCGGAAGAAAGAACUGUCGGCUGGUUCCUUCCUGAAUGACGGCGACGCCACAUGUUCGGCGCAUUCCGAUAUCCUUAUCAUCGUUGAAAGCUAUCAACAAUCACACGCGACUAGAGGUAUAUUCACGAGGAAACUCCACACGUGUAAAUAUGUCAAUAUAUAACGAGGAACGAGAAAGAUCUUCCGGCGAGGAUGCAGCGUGCAAGCGCGAUCGAUCCGGUCCGAUCGAGGAAAGGGACUUUGUCUGGUCUCGCCGAGCUCUCUCGCAGGAAGGACGGGAUCGAAAUCAUAACUGUGAAUAUGUAAGUAAGUGGGAGAGGGGGAAGUAAACGGCGAAGGUGCGCUUUGUCUCGCACCGGGGGAGACCGAUCGGAAGGCUCGUAGUGUGAGAGAUGACGAGAGGAAACUUCGAGGCUCUCUCGCUCUUUCUCAAAUCGGCUCUCGGUGAAAAAGGAAAAAGAGGAGGGACGAGAACUAAGAUGCAUUACACGUUGCAAGGGGGAAAAGAAAAGGGAGAAAGACCGAAAACUCCCGCCGUGCGAAUCGUAGGAGAACCCGUGGAAAAGAUGGACGAGAGGGGGAGGGGGGGAUCGAACGAGGUUGAAUCAGAGCGAAUUCACUCAUGGACAUGAGGCGUACGAAUGGUACCGUUUGUGGAAGUUUCGGAAAACUUGGCAGAUUCCGCUCUCGCGAUCUCAACUGCUGAGAUUCCCGUCAAGGUCGCUCCAUCCCUUCGGCGAACCCGGUGCGAGAGGGUAAUAUCGAGGCAGGAACGAUAUGAGCGUCGUCGCGCGAUCAGUAGCGCGAAAAAAUCAGCAGCUCGGUUCGGUUUGCGAUCUGAUCUGACGCAGCGGCAUAAAGGGGCGGGGAAGGGGGGAGAGUUCCGUCUCGACGGAUACUUACUCCGAUUACGUGGAUUUCAAUCGUAGAUCAGACCGGAACACCGUUCUCUCGCGUCCGCUAAUUGUGGAGAACCGGGGUCGAUCGAAUCGGAUGUAUGUGAAAGUAGUAAUUGACUGUCCGACAACGAAACAGACCCGGUGAUGCGAGCGACGCGUGCAGUCCCGAUGAAAAAUCUGAGAUCGUUCGUCAGUGAGGGCAAAAUGCUUCCGGAAAUCGAAAUAUCUUCUGUCCCGCGUGAAGUCCAUUACACGCGCGUCGAAUCGACUUAUCCUGCGUAUUAUUCGUUUAUAGGUUGUCAACCGUAGAUUAAUUCGACGACGAUUAAUUAUACGACGUAUAUGUGUCUUUUAAUUUCGUGUAAAUGUAAUCUCAGAGUUUAAUUAACAGCGUCUACGAACAGAACGGUAGACGACGGCGAUCCGACCGUGAAAAACUCGACUUUCGCGCAGCGUGUACCGGCUUUCGUACCGAGCGUACAAUCGGAGUAAAGUUAAUUCGAGAAACCGAGAAAGCGGGAAAAGUCAGCAACCGCGGAUAUUCGCAACCAGCGGACCAGCACAUUUCUGUUCACGAGACGUCAUCGGAGAACGGCGAGGAACGCGGGGCGCGUUCCAACGAAUUUCACUCUCUCGGCGAACGCGAGUUCGCGACCUCAACAUCCGUGUUAUCCCCGACGGAGGAAAAAGGAAAAGCAGAAAAAACGGCCGACAAAUCGGAUCAAACGUUGCAUAUCGGCGGACUGCCAGUUCCGUAUUGGACACGAGGCGCGUUAUUAAUAAGUGGCCGUGUAAAUAUUAUCGAGUUACUUCAAUCAUCCUUCACUCGUGCGACUAAGUAGCUAAUUAAGUGUAUGGUGACAGAGUGAUAAGAUGUCGCGACAAUGAUGUUAAAAACGGUGCCGUUCAACACACCCACGCAUGCAUACGUACCGUGUGCACACAGACACGGAAAGAGAGAGAGAGAGAGAGACAGACGACAUACACAAACACACACACACACGAAAUACAUUGACGUGCGCGAGCGUGAAUAUCCAACCAACGCGCGCUGGACGAGAGAACUAUAAAAGAUCACCCUCGCAAACCAAUCGACCUUGAGUUUCCUCGAAUACGUCGCGUUGUACGCGACGGUGCAAUGAGUUUCAUUCGUUUUACAUUCCUAACUCGUUGUGUUGCGUUCACACACCGUACCAUUUAUAGAUAGGCUAAUAUACCUAAUAAGUGUUUCGUCUAGCCUACGAUGUAUAUUGUAUCUAUAAUCAGAAAUAAAUUAUCGACAGUAAAUUA